AUGGCUGCAGGCCAAAGAUUUGAGAUGGGUUUAGCACUUGCCGUGAUGACGGUACUCUUGGCGGGGGCGGGGGUUGCGGCGCAGCAGUCGUCGUCAGGGUGCUCGAACGUGCUGAUCAGCCUGUCGCCGUGCCUCAACUACAUUACGGGGAACUCAUCCACGCCGUCUUCUGGGUGCUGCUCGCAGCUGGGCAGCGUUGUCCGCUCGCAGCCACAGUGCUUGUGCGAGGUGCUCAACGGCGGCGGUUCAUCGCUGGGGAUAGAAGUCAACCAGACUCAGGCUGUGGCUCUUCCUGGGGCUUGCAAUGUCCAGACUCCACCCGUCAGCCGCUGCAAUGCUGCUGCUUCUCCAGCUGGCUCUCCUUCAGAAACACCAGAACCAGACACCGAUCCUUCUUCAGGAGCAGGGUCGAAAACUGUACCAUCCACAGAUGCCAGCUCUGCUGCAGAGAUGACAAUUCCUCUGAUCUUCUCGCUUCUAUUCAUUGCAUCUUAUUCCUCAACCCUAACGAUUUAUUGAGUUGUGUCUUGUGCUGUGCGCUACCGUUUCAUCAGCACCGCAUACAGCCUGUGGCCUUUUGUUUUAUUUUUCUGAGGGCUUCCAGCUUUCUAUAUUGCGUUUGUACUAGCAUUCUUUAGGACCUCUUCAGGGGUUAAUUCUGUUUUGUAUGACUGAAGGGACUUCUUAGUCGCUUUCCCUUUUAAUAAAGAUGGAUGAUUUCCAGUUUA